AUGGUGCUCGCGCUGUGGGAGGGAGGCAUGUCCCCGUUCCCCCUGCAUCCCGCGGUAGCGGCGACCGAGGUGUUUUUCUCCCUCUGCUACGCGGCGCACAUCUUCCUCAACCUUUGGACGUUCGGCGUCAAGCAGUACAGGGACAAAAGGUGGCACUUCACCUUCACGGUGCUGGCGGCGGCACACCUAGUCCUCAUGUGCUUGGCGUUCUUGGCGUCCAAGAGGAGCCGUACUUCUGUCGAGCCACCACCACCAGCUCCAGCGAGUGGCACUGCCACGGCGGCGGGAGGCUUGUACGAGGAUGGUGAGGACUGGUGGAACUGUUCGAGAUUCGCGCUGCUGGGGGCGCAAGCCUUGCGGCCGAUGAUGCUCAUCAGCAACCUCAAGACCAUCCGGAGGGUGUUCACGAACGUGCUCAGGACUGCGAAGCGUACGGGUAGCAUCCUGGUGCUGGGAGCGGUGGUGCUCGCCUUCUACUCCGUGUUGGGUAUCAACCUCUUCAAUUCAAAGCAGGUGAAAGGCUACACGGACGACGGAGACAACUUCAACAAUUUCGGCAGCUCUCUCCUGUCCCUGUUCGUGCUCGUCACCGAGGAGAACUUUCCCAUGGUAGCCGACCCGUCCUUCACGCAAAGGCCACUGGUGGCGUUUCCGUUCUUCGUGUCGUUCUUGCUCCUCGUCCUCGUCGUGAUCCUGCCGCUGCUUCUCGGGAUCGUUCUAGACGCCUACGCCCAGCAGCACGCUCGGCAGCACGAGCGGUACAGGCGAAAGGCUCGAAACGCUUUGCUGGCGGCGUACUUCGUCUUGGACGGCGACGGUGUGGAGGGCCUUAGCCGUGACCAGCUCGUCGGCGUUCUCACUGUCGAGGCAGGCGUAGGCAUCGACAGAGAACAGGUCGCUGAAUCUGGAGAGGGCGGCGACGGCGCGGAAGGGGGACGGACGUGCUUCAUCGCCGGGUACGGUGAUGAGUUGUUCGGAUCGGCUCACGGAGGACAAAGGUGGGACGGAGGGGAGGGGACACACGGAGCGGGGUCUUUGGGCGAUGGUAAGUACAGCUUCCGGGAGGACGAAGAAGAUCUUGAGGGAGGAGGAGGGCAGGAGCAGGAGCGCCAAAAGGUUUGCUGGUGUCCGAGAGACAAGCGUGGAAACAGCGACAGCACCAACAACAGCGAGAGACGGCGUGCCGACAGCGAGGGUUGCAGUGGAGAUGGUGAUUCCGUCGCCUUUUGUCCCCAACGGAGGCUGAAGCGGCUAGCCCAUCGGAUGGAAGAGCAGGCGAGGGCCGCGGCGAGAGACAUGGUGGGGCGGGAGUGGUUCAGCCUGAUGUCGAAGGGUAUUGGCGUUCUGCUGGCAAUGCUGGCGGUGACUUGGACCCCACGAUCGCAGCUACGCUACGACAAGUGUCCGUUGGGGGAGGGAGAGGAGGUGUGCAACAAGCCACACGAGAGUGAAGUGGCCUUCCUGCGGGAGGACUUGUUCAGGCGGCUGGAGGGACUCGUGCUAUUGGCGUUUUCUUUUGAGAUGGCGGCCAAGGUGCUAGCGGUCGGGGGCAGGCGCCUCUUGCGUCUCCACUGGGCACACAGGUUCGACUUGAUCAUCCUCGCGACGUGCUUGGCGUCGUACCUCUUCGUGGGCAUGCCGGGCAACAGACGAGCCCUCUACGUCGAUCACCACCCCUUGUUGAGCGACGUCAUCGAGCUGCCGAUGGCCCUUGCGGUGCUCAGGUUGGUGACGGUCUUCCCCCAGCUUCGGAAGCUGCUCGAGACCAUGUCGACGGUGGCGGGCAUGCUGAUGAAGAUCAUGGUGCUGUAUUCUUGCGUGUCGUACACCUUCGCUACGCUAGGCAUGGCCAUCUUUUCCAACGCAAGGAGCGACCUGUUGGAACCAAGGUACUCGUUCUCCACGCUUCCCGAGGCCGCCAUGACACUCUUCUUCUUGACCGUUUCCAACAACUGGAACGACCUGCUCUACCCUCUAGUCGACUCGAAUCCCCUGGGCCGCUGGUCUGCGAUCUACUUCGUGGCGUACAUGCUGUUCUGCGCCACCAUGAUGCUGGACGUCCUCACCGGCGUGGUGAUCGAAGGCUUCCGCGUCUCCACCAAGGGCCCGGAGCAAGCACAAGAGCUAGGGUUACGGUUAGCCUCCACGGCGUCAGCUGGAGCCGGUGACGCCACUGGUCGGCCCACGCUCGCCCGAAGCGAUGACGGUGAUUCUGGCGGCGACGGGGGCGCGAGCUCUGGCAACAGCGUCGGGGAUGACGAGGACGACACCCAUGGCGGUGUAGGAGUCUUGGGCGGCGGCCAGCGGCAACAACAGCAGCGGCGGGGGCACCGCACAGGCGCGAGAAGAGGCCAGCUGACUCGAAAGGCCAGCCAGCGCAAGUACACGCAGGUCAGGGCGGAAGACAUGUUCCGCUCCGAAGGAAAGGUGAUCAAGAUGAACAUUCGGUGA